AUGUCUGUCUCUAAACGUUCCGACACCCCAUCGCCACCUCCGCCAGGACCUUUUCAGCACCAUCGCAACACCUCUCACACUUCGCAGCUAUCUCAGUACUCUGGCUCUCGAACGCCGGGCCGCCACCGCUCGAAUUCAAAUGUUUCACAGCGCUCUGUCUCUUCUGGUCAGGUCAUAAUAAGGACAAGUGACAGUGGCCGUAGCGGCGGUCUCCCGCGAUCAGUAUCACGUAGCAGCCUCCGAGGUGGCCCCUUGACGCCAAGUGGGAGCCUGGGUGAGAUCUCGGAGACCAGCCACCACGAACGCCGCUUGGGGUCUUCAGGCUCGCCAGCCUAUCUUCCGAAGUCCGAGUCACGGGAUAGUAUUGGCACUAGUGGAGGCGGCAUUUUGAGAUCGGGGAGCCAUGGCAACAUGUCCCGGACAAGCUCUCACGGGGACCUGCCACAAUCUGGUUCACAGACCCAGUUGGCUCAGCAUCAACCCCCGACCGGGUCUCCUGGCACACAUCAAAACCCCUUCCACGUCAUCUCUCGCGAACGUUCAGGCAGCCAGCUCGGUCUACUUGGACGUAAUGAGCCGGAAUACGCCGAGCAGCUCCAGUUCGGCGACACCAGCACGCAACACGGCAAGGACGGCGCUGAUGACACUCCGCCACGACGACGGAAACGGAUGUAA